UUUUUCUCAUCUUCCACCUCUUCCUCCUCUCCUCGGGAUGUCUUCAUGCGGCAACUAAAUCAUCCAUCUCUCUCUCCCUAAAGCUUUGUACUGUGUUCUGCAAAUUUUUAAUGUCAAAUCCCUUUCUGGCCUAUAUAAAUACCCUCACACAUGCAACUACUCUCUUGCACUCAACUCUCUAGCUGAUACUCUUACCGCCACUACUUCUCACUCUCUCUCUCUCUCUCUCUCUCUCGCGCGCCCGCGCUCUCAAACAUGGCGGAAUUAGAUUACUGCCAAUCCAAAAGCAGCCCCAGCGCCGCCGCCACGGGCUUAAAGCUCUUCGGCUUCAGCGUCGCCGACGAGGAAGACUCGGCCGUCAGCGACCCCAUUACCAUCAGCAGUCACAACAGCGGCGGCAAAGCCACGCCGUCAGGCUCCCCGGACGGCAACGUCCAGGCGGCCAGCGGCGAGCGGAAGUACGAGUGCCAGUACUGCUGCAGGGAAUUCGCCAACUCCCAGGCCCUGGGCGGCCACCAGAACGCGCACAAGAAGGAGCGGCAGCAGCUCAAACGCGCCCAGCUGCACGCCAGCCGGACCGCCGCCGUGUCGUCCCUCGUCCGGAACCCCAUCAUCUCGGCCUUCGCGCCUCCUCCGCACUUGCUGGCCGCCGUGGGGCCGGUGGUGGUGACGGCGGGGGCGCCCACCUCCCCGUCCUGGGUUUACGUCCCGCGCGCCUCCCCGCCCUUCCAGGUGUCGCACGGCUGCGUGUUCGCGAGCGGCCAGGGCGCGGGUGGUGGGAGAUCGCCGGGGGGUUUCGUGCCGUACGGCGGAGGUGCGGGGGAUCCGGCGGGGCCGCAGGUCCAGAACCAGGUCAAUGGGAGGGCGGUCCUCGACGGGCUUUCGUUGAGCAAGUUUUCAAAAGGAAGCGGUGGCGGUGGGCCUGGUUUUGAUGACGCUUUGGGGCUCGACCUGCAUCUGAGCCUGGCUCCUGCCGCGCCGUGAGUGGUGGGAGGAGGACACGGGUCCCGCUCGGCUAGCUUCUCGGGAUAAGUUAGGCUUGAAUCGUGUUGGGAUAAUCUAGAAGUGCUCAUUCGAGGUUCGGUUCAGACAUAGGUAGACGGGUCCUUUGUACAUCUCUCUUUAAGCAAUUAAUUCGAUUUAUUAUUUUUUCCACUCUUCCAUGAUUGACUGAGGUAUUUCUCUCUCUGAUCUUGCUUUAAUUGAAAUAACGUGGAUCAAGCUAUGUAUCGCAACUAUUACAUGCACGAUCGAUCUCGA